AACAGACUGAGAAAACGCGGUAGAAAUGGGAGUUUUUUUUUCCUAUUAUCUUCUUUUGCCUUCCCAGUUAUAUAUCCAGUCUCUGCUUAAUCUGACUCUGUAUCUUUAAAAUAUCACGUCACGGUGCUUGAAAACGUAAAAUCAGUGCGAAACGGACUCAUUUUACACACAUGUAGAGGUACUUUCAUUUCUCACAGCCAACUUGGAAAUUGCUACGGAAACCUUGGAAUACGUCACUUAACGCGAGCUGUCCCCCUCCCCCUUUUCUUUCUUUCUUUUUAAGGAAUACUACUCCCCCCUGCAAAAGCUCUUAAGUCAUUAAUGAGUGUCAGAAAGUAAAGGGGUCAUGGGUCUGGGGCGCUGGAUGCGUGUGGGACGUUUGAACACGUGGACAUUUUCCACUUACUGUCCCUGGGUUGGGAAGUAGGCAGUGGGGGCUGCGGGGAACUUAGCAUGUAAUCUUCACAGAGAUUUCAAGACCGGACAGUCUAAAUCAUUUUUGUAGCUAAAAGGAUGUCUCGGUGGGUUUGAGCUCGGCCAAAUGAAUCAGUGAUGACUCAAGAGCAAACCAGAAAAGUGUGCUUUCCCAGAACCAGGUGUUGAGCGCCUGGGCGACCCAGUCAGCGGGCGCGCGCGCAGAGUGGCCAGAGCCCCCUCUGCUCCACCAGCGCACCACGCGCGGUGCCGCCCUGCAGGACCCCGGGGGACUCGGACCCCGCGCGCCAUCCAUCCGCGCUCCCACCCCCACCUCCACCCGGAGCUCUCCGCGGCCCUGGCGGCAGACUCGGCCGAGCGAGCGAGCGCUGCAACCGGUGGGGCGGGGAGACCUGGCGCUCGCCCCGCGGGCCCGGCAGCCUCUGACGUCCUCUCGGGCCUUUAAAGGAGUGGGUCGCUGCGCAGGAGAGGCUCGACUUUGGAGCUGUCACUUUGCGGGGAGGGAGAAAGCCGCUCCGCUCCCGCAGGCAACAGCUCGGACGCCACUGUGGCCGGCCACUGCGUAGGGACUGGGUCGGAUCAGCGCUGUGUCCCAGCAUCCUAGGCAGCCGGAGUUGCGUUGGUCACUCUCGCCUGGCAGUGAACCUUAGGCGUCCCCGCGCCUUCCCCUGCACACGCAUACCAAGGACCAUGAGGUGCGCCCGCGGUCGCCGGUAGAGCACAGAGCCAUCUCCCGAGCUCAGGUGCCUGGCGAUUUUUCUCCCAGCCCGGAAAGGCGCCUCUGUGAAUCCGCACCUGCAACUUGUUUGGUUUCCUCUCCCGCAGCGUGUGCAGCGGCAGCAUCAAAGUUUUUCUGCCUUCCUCGGGAAUCCGCCGUUUGGAUCGAUCCUUCCCGCGCGGUCUCCCCAGGCCUGCGGGUGAGCGGAUCGCCGGGCGCUCGGGUGAGAGGCGCGGCACGGGCGGCGUGGUCGUGGCGAGCACAGGGAAGGAGCUGCGGCCGGGGACUCCCCGGGUGACCCUUUGGGGCGCGACAGAGCUGGGUGAGCGCAAGAAGAGGAGCUACAAGGUUCAGGGACGCCCGUACCCGCACAGUGGAUGUUAAUCACCUUGCUGAUUGCUUCUCAAUUGGGAACUAGUGGAGAGCGCAGCGCGGGGCAGGCGCGCUCUGCGGGACCUGGGCUCCGCGGCAGGGAUCAGUGCAGCUGUGGCUGCGGAGGUACCGGGGGAGGAAGCCGCGGUGCUCGCCGAGCCUGAAGGAUUAUGGAAGCAUCCAUCUUUACCAAAGGCUGAAGUCAUGGGUCAGUGAGGGCAGAGAGACAACACAGCAAGGGACUUGCACUGUCGUGCUCUGAAUGCACCCUCAAGCUCUAUGAACAAGAUCAGCCUUGAGUGAAAUUUGACAGAAGAUGUUCCCGCAGCUUGCUCUAUGGAAGUGUUUACCCCAUGGGAUCAUCAUUGCCUCACUCUUGGCAGUCAGCUGGGGCCAGUAUGAUGAUGACUGGCAAUAUGAGGAUUGCAAACUGGCUAGGGGAGGCCCACCAGCUACCAUCGUGGCCAUUGAUGAAGAGAGUCGAAAUGGUACAAUUCUGGUGGACAACAUGUUGAUUAAGGGGACUGCUGGAGGACCAGACCCCACCAUAGAGCUCUCUUUAAAGGACAACGUGGACUACUGGGUGUUGUUGGACCCUGUUAAACAGAUGCUUUUCCUGAACAGUACCGGAAGAGUUCUGGAUAGAGACCCACCCAUGAACAUCCACUCCAUUGUGGUGCAAGUCCAGUGUGUCAACAAGAAGGUGGGCACAGUGAUCUAUCACGAAGUGCGCAUUGUAGUGCGGGACAGGAACGACAACUCACCCACAUUCAAGCAUGAAAGCUACUAUGCCACCGUGAAUGAGCUCACUCCGGUUGGCACCACAAUCUUCACAGGAUUCUCAGGAGACAAUGGAGCUACAGACAUUGAUGAUGGCCCCAAUGGACAGAUAGAGUACGUCAUUCAGUACAACCCAGAAGAUCCGACAUCCAACGACACCUUUGAAAUCCCACUCAUGUUGACGGGAAAUGUGGUGCUGAGGAAACGACUCAACUAUGAGGAUAAGACUCGCUACUACGUCAUCAUCCAGGCUAACGACCGUGCACAAAAUCUGAAUGAGAGGCGAACAACCACUACCACCCUCACAGUGGACAUUCUAGAUGGAGAUGACCUGGGACCAAUGUUUCUGCCCUGUGUUCUUGUGCCAAACACCCGUGACUGCCGUCCACUCACCUACCAAGCUGCCAUUCCAGAACUGAGGACUCCGGAAGAACUGAACCCCAUUUUGGUGACCCCACCUAUCCAAGCCAUUGAUCAGGACCGAAACAUCCAACCUCCAUCAGAUCGACCUGGCAUCCUCUACUCCAUCCUUGUCGGCACCCCUGAGGAUUACCCUCGCUUCUUUCACAUGCAUCCCAGGACUGCAGAGCUCACUCUUCUGGAGCCAGUCAACAGAGACUUCCACCAGAAAUUUGAUUUGGUUAUUAAGGCUGAGCAGGACAAUGGCCACCCACUUCCUGCCUUUGCUAGUCUACACAUCGAAAUACUGGAUGAAAACAAUCAGAGCCCAUAUUUCACAAUGCCCAGCUAUCAAGGGUACAUCCUGGAAUCUGCCCCAGUGGGAGCCACCAUUUCUGAGAGCCUAAACUUAACCACUCCUCUGAGAAUUGUAGCUCUGGACAAAGACAUAGAAGACACAAAAGAUCCAGAGCUCCACCUUUUCCUGAAUGACUACACCUCGGUCUUCACUGUUACACCCACCGGCAUCACCCGCUACCUAACCCUACUUCAGCCUGUGGACAGGGAGGAACAGCAAACAUAUACCUUUCUGAUAACAGCAUUUGAUGGCGUACAAGAAAGUGAACCAGUUGUGGUCAAUAUCCGAGUGAUGGAUGCAAAUGAUAACACACCAACCUUCCCAGAAAUCUCCUAUGAUGUCUAUGUUUACACAGACAUGAGUCCUGGGGACAGUGUCAUUCAGCUGACGGCAGUAGAUGCUGAUGAAGGCUCCAAUGGGGAGAUCUCCUAUGAAAUUCUGGUGGGCGCCCAAGGAGACUUCAUCAUCAACAGGACCACCGGGCUGGUGAGCAUUGCCCCAGGAGUGGAGCUGGUCGUGGGACGGACGUAUGCACUUACAGUGCAGGCCUCGGACAACGCCCCACCUGCAGAGAGAAGGCACUCCAUCUGCACCGUGUACAUCGAGGUGCUCCCUCCCAACAACCAGAGCCCUCCCCGCUUCCCACAGCUGAUGUACAGUCUGGAAGUCAGUGAAGCUAUGAGGAUUGGUGCUGUUUUAUUAAAUCUACAGGCAACUGAUCGAGAGGGAGAUCCAAUCACAUAUGCCAUCGAGAAUGGAGACCCUCAGCGAGUUUUCAAUCUUUCAGAAACCACGGGGAUUCUCACUCUAGGGAAGGCGCUAGACAGGGAGAGCACCGACCGCUACAUCCUCAUCGUUACCGCCUCAGACGGAAGGCCAGAUGGGACCUCCACUGCCACUGUGAACGUGGUGGUGACAGACGUCAAUGACAACGCUCCCGUGUUCGAUCCCUAUCUGCCCAGGAAUCUCUCCGUGCUGGAGGAAGAGGCCAAUGCCUUCGUGGGUCAAGUGAGGGCAACAGACCCAGAUGCUGGGAUAAACGGCCAAGUACACUAUAGUCUGGGGAACUUCAACAACCUCUUCCGCAUCACGUCCAAUGGGAGCAUUUACACAGCCGUGAAGCUGAACAGGGAAGUCAGGGACCACUAUGAACUGGUUGUCGUGGCAACGGAUGGAGCCGUGCACCCCCGGCAUUCAACUCUGACACUGUACAUCAAGGUGUUGGACAUUGAUGAUAACAGUCCUGUUUUUACCAAUUCAACGUACACAGUUGUUGUUGAGGAGAAUCUGCCAGCCGGGACCACCUUCCUUCAAAUAGAGGCCAAGGAUGUUGAUCUUGGAGCAAAUGUGUCAUAUCGGAUCAGAAGCCCUGAAGUGAAGCACCUUUUUGCACUGCAUCCAUUUACUGGAGAACUGUCCCUUUUGAGGAGUUUGGAUUAUGAGGCCUUUCCUGACCAGGAAGCAAGCAUCACCUUCUUGGUGGAGGCCUUUGAUAUUUAUGGGACAAUGCCACCUGGUAUAGCAACGGUCACAGUAAUUGUGAAGGACAUGAAUGAUUACCCUCCAGUAUUUAGCAAACGCAUCUACAAGGGGAUGGUGGCUCCAGAUGCUGUCAAGGGGACACCAAUCACCACUGUUUAUGCUGAAGAUGCAGACCCUCCUGGUUUGCCUGCAAGUCGGGUGAGGUAUAGAGUGGAUGAUGUGCAGUUUCCAUACCCUGCCAGUAUUUUUGAUGUAGAAGAAGAUUCUGGAAGAGUAAUAACUCGUGUCAAUCUUAAUGAAGAGCCUACCACAAUUUUUAAGCUGGUGGUUGUGGCUUUUGAUGAUGGCGAGCCUGUGAUGUCUAGUAGUGCCACCGUGAGAAUUCUCGUCUUACAUCCUGGAGAGAUCCCACGCUUCACCCAAGAGGAAUAUAGACCUCCUCCUGUAAGUGAGCUUGCCACCAGAGGGACUGUAGUUGGUGUCAUUUCUGCUGCCGCUAUCAAUCAGAGCAUCGUCUACUCCAUUGUGGCAGGAAAUGAGGAAGAUAAGUUUGGAAUCAACAAUGUCACAGGUGUUAUCUAUGUGAACUCACCAUUGGACUACGAGACAAGGACCAGCUAUGUCCUUCGGGUGCAAGCAGAUUCUCUGGAAGUGGUCCUCGCCAAUCUCCGAGUUCCUUCAAAAAGUAAUACAGCUAAAGUGUACAUUGAGAUUCAGGAUGAAAACGAUCACCCCCCAGUGUUUCAGAAGAAAUUCUACAUUGGUGGUGUGUCCGAAGAUGCAAGGAUGUUUGCGUCUGUGCUCAGAGUGAAGGCUACCGACAGGGACACAGGAAACUAUAGUGCCAUGGCCUACAGGCUCAUCAUACCACCCAUUAAAGAGGGCAAAGAGGGGUUUGUGGUGGAAACAUACACAGGACUCAUCAAGACAGCCAUGCUCUUCCACAACAUGAGGAGAUCCUACUUCAAGUUUCAAGUGAUUGCAACUGACGACUACGGGAAGGGGUUGAGUGGGAAAGCUGACGUGCUGGUAUCAGUGGUCAAUCAGCUGGAUAUGCAGGUCAUUGUCUCCAAUGUUCCACCUACGUUAGUGGAGAAGAAGAUCGAAGACCUCACAGAGAUUUUGGAUCGCUAUGUUCAGGAGCAGAUUCCUGGUGCCAAGGUUGUGGUAGAGUCCAUAGGUGCCCGUCGUCAUGGAGAUGCCUUCUCCCUAGAAGACUAUAGCAAGUGCGACCUGACUGUCUAUGCCAUUGACCCCCAGACCAACAGAGCCAUCGACAGAAACGAGCUUUUUAAAUUCCUGGAUGGCAAACUGCUCGAUAUCAAUAAAGACUUCCAGCCUUAUUAUGGGGAAGGAGGCCGCAUUCUGGAGAUCCGGACUCCUGAGGCGGUGACAAGUAUCAAGAAGCGAGGAGAAAGCUUAGGGUACACGGAAGGAGCCUUGCUGGCCUUGGCCUUCAUCAUCAUCCUCUGCUGCAUCCCAGCCAUCUUGGUUGUCUUAGUGAGCUACCGACAGUUUAAAGUACGCCAGGCUGAGUGCACCAAGACAGCAAGAAUCCAGUCUGCCAUGCCUGCUGCCAAGCCUGCAGCCCCUGUACCUGCCGCACCCCCACCGCCACCACCCCCAGGGGCACAUCUCUAUGAGGAGCUGGGAGAGAGCGCCAUGCAUAAUCUUUUCCUUCUCUACCAUUUUGAACAAAGCAGGGGAAAUAACUCAGUCCCAGAAGACAGGAGCAGUCAUCACGAUGGGAUGGCCUUUUCUUCCAGUACCACUGAGUCUCAUGAGCCGGCUCAUGUAGAGGGACCACUUAAGGACAGCCAGCCUCACCCAGCAAGGACGUUCUCAUUUCUUCCUGAUGAGGAUGAUUUAAGUACCCAUAAUCCCCUUUAUAUGGAAAGUAUAGGCCAAAGGUCAACCAAUUCUGACCUUUCGCCAAGAACAGAUUUUAAAGAGCUGUUUUCACCCAGAACACAAGUUAAGAGUCAGUCGCUGAGGGGCCCAAGAGAAAAGAUUCAGAGGAUGUGGAAUCAGUCCGUGAGUUUUCCUAGGAGGCUGAUGUGGAAAGCUCCCAACAGACCAGAGACCAUUGACCUGGUGGAGUGGCAGAUCACCAGGCAGAAAGCCGAAUGCGAAAGCACUGGACCCCACCCAAGCCAGAGAGGUAGCAGCCAUGCACUGCUCACCACCGAAGAUGCCCACGGGUCAGAGAAGGACAGGGGACAUAAAGACGCCCUACUCAUACAGCAAACAGAGCAGCUGAAAUCUCUUUCUUCCGGCUCCUCCUUCUCUUCUUCCUGGUCUCACUUUUCCUUCUCAACUCUGCCAACCAUUUCAAGAGCUGUGGAACUCCAGUCAGAACCGAAUGUUGUGGCUUCUCCUCCUGACUGCACCUUGGAACUUCCUCCUCCUCCGAGGCCCUGUGUUUUAAAUUCUCUAGGCUUUAAGAGAGAGACCCCCACUUGUACGUUAGACCCGAAAACAAAAAGGAACUCCUUUGAAAACCUUCCCCAUCCACCUAACAUCCCUGCUUCCCUUCCACGGCCUCCCCUCCCUCGACCUCCUGUUGCCUUUAGUACUUUCCCUCUUCCCCUCUCUCCUCCUAAUCCUCCUCCUCCCCAACUUCUUACAUUUUCUCUUCCCACAUCUACUCCCCGUACGUCUUCUCUACCUCCGCCACCAUCGCUCCCUCCUCUUCCUCGACCGCCAGCUCCACGCCUCUGCCCACCGCCUCCUUCAACCCCAGUUCCUCCCACGGACAGCAUUUGUACACCAGCUGUUAAAUGCACUGCCAGUGUCGCACACGCCAGAGAAACUAAAUCUUCUACGACACAGCCACCAGCAUCCAAACCGCUGUGUGACGUGGAACCUCACAAACACCCCAAGGGGGUCCUCAGACAUGUGAAAAACCUAGCAGAACUGGAGAAGUCGGUGUCUAACAUGUACAGUCACAUAGAAAAAAACUGCCCGCCCACCCAUAUCUCAAAACUACACACGUUUUGCCCUCCAGAAAAAACAGACCUGGAAAGCACACGUGACCAGAGCCAGGAAACGUUGGUUAGGGUUGUUGAGGGAAUUGACGUGCAACUUCACAGUCAAUCAACAUCUUUGUAAUGUUGCUUCUCCUGUUUUAACUGGGCAAUUCUUUUCUUGGUCAUAAUCCUCAAGUGGAACAUGAGAAUUUGAACGUCAAAGAAGAUUCCACUGUUUUAAUCCCAAACUCAAUGAAAUGCCGUUUUCUUCCACCCUUUUAAUUUAAAUUAAUGUCAUCUUCACUAAUUCAUAGAGUAGAUUUACCUUAAUUUCUUUAACUUCAAGGUAGCAUUAUUUGUCCUACAUUUAUUUAAAAAGUAAGUAACUUUAUCUGUUUUUAAUUGGGGAGAUAUGGGCAUGAAAAGUACUGAUCCAACUAAAACCAAAGGCUUGUUGACUUUGUUGAUGGGCAAUGUUACUUUUUUUCAAAUUUUGACCAUAGUUUUAUGUGAACGUUCUAGUGGGGGAAAAGAGAAAAAGCAGAAUGUUCGUGCAGUAGUGCUCUCUCUUGGGCUUGUUAUUUUCUUGAAGUCUAUGUAUUUGGUAAAAAGAAAUGUUUCCCAGGUAAAAUGUUCCUUAGAAAUGUAGGGAAUGACAGACAGCAGGGAUUUCAAAUCAAUCUCAGGUGCUAUAAUAUGUAGUUAUCGGUUUUCUUACGCUAUUCUCCAUUCUGGCUUGUUUUAAUCUUGUUAGUAUGCUUUCAGAUGAUAAAUCUUUCCCAUUUUUCAGUUGCUGUUCUAUCCCUUUAUCUUGGUGCUUUCUGUUUCCUUCUUUAUGAUGAAAAUAAAUCUCAUGCCCUUGACUUUUGUAAGACAUCUUAUUUUUAUCAAAGGUGCCUAAAAUGCUAUUCAAUUUAGCCUUUUCAUUUUAUGACAUCAUCUCCUUAGUUAUAAUUUUAGGAUUCUUCCUCCCAAGAAAAUGUUCUUUGAUAUCCAAUUUAUUUAGUAAAUGAAAUAAAAUCUCGUUCAAAAUGAAGAGAGAUUAUACUUGGUGAAUUAUCACCUCUAUGUUCAUGUGUUUGCUCCUUGUUUUAGGACAAAGAUAAAGACUUAUCCUAUGGGAAGAAAGUGUUGUAGUUGCAGUAGCUGUUAAAAUAUUCCUGAGCUCAGCAGAUUGAAUUCUGGGGAAUCAAGGCUAAGCUAAGCACAACUGUCUUCAUGAAGCAUACAUACUCAAUUUAAUCAUAUCUACAUAUAUAGACACAUGACUACUUUUUCCCGUGAAACACAUUGAAUACAUUUUAACUACCAGAAAUCCCAACUUGUGAAACAAAUUCCUUUAUUUGUUGAAGUCUAGCAUUGUAGUAUUUGAGCAGAGAAAGGUGCAACUUUAAAAUAGUGCUAUGUAGUGUUUCAGGAGAGCAGCUGAGCCAGCCACCACAGCUUCUAUGACUUCAAGGAAACGGCAGAUAUUUUCCUGAAGUGUCCCAGCCAGGGUUAAAAAGCUUGGUGUUACUUCUGUGUGUCCAAAAAGCCUGAGACAAAUGCUAGUGUGUCAUCUCUGAAAUGGGUUGUUUGUUUGUUUGUUUGUUUUGUUUUGUUUGCUUCGUGGUUUUGGAGUUUUGACUCUUAAAAUUUGAGACAGCCCUUUGAUAAUGUUCGUUCCUGAUUAACAAAGAUAGAUUUUAAAAAAAUCAGCAAGUCUACUUAUUCUCGGUAGCCCAUCUGCUUCAGAUACUUUCCCUCCAAAUCAAAAGUAAUGUACAUCCUGGGAUUCUUGGAUGUGUUUUGUUUUGUUUAUCUCUUUCACUGAAAAGCUUCAGUUGGAGUUUCUGUUGGCAGCUGGUCAUAUACAUACCUGAGAACUUGUGCUAUGUGGUGGAUUCUGAUAGCGUGUUGCUGAAAGUCAGUUAAAAUAUCUUCUACAUGAGCCCUAGAAAGGUUAUUUAGAUAUAUGGGCCUAAAUGCUCCUCCUCUCUGCAAUGCUCCAAGGAAAGGACAUCCUUUCCUCUGCAUUUGUUAGGGUCUGCCCAAUGGUUAAAGGAUGGUUGCAUAGCUUAUUUAAAAUUCAAAGAAAACAUUAAUCACACAUUUGUCAUGAUUAAAAUUAAAUAUAUACAGACGUAGGAUGUAAAAUAAGUGAUUGCUACACACAAUGUAAUAGGGUUACAUAAAAGACACAUUGAUAUUAUUUGACGGAUUUUAAAAUUAUCAACAUUCGUGCUUUGAAAGAGCAUAGAUAAUUAUGAAUAUUGAUUGUGUUAUAUUCCUCUUGUGGACAAGUUUCUGCCUUGGAGCUCAAAUAGCAGUAUAGUUACCCAAUGAAAACACCAGUGUGUGUGUGUGUGUGUGCGUGUGCGUGUGCGUGUGCGUGUGCGUGUGCG